AUGUUCGUGCAAGAGGAGAAGAUGUUCGCGGGGAAGGUGCUGAGGCUGCUUGUGUGCACUAUGGAGGGCGUCGAGAGUAUGGAGGAGGUCACCGAGGACUGCACACUGGAAAGGCUCAAAGAGAGCUGCCUGAAACAUUGUGCUCACGGGAGUCUGGAGGAUCCUAAAAGCUUGACGCAUCACAAGCUGAUCCAUGCUUCUUCUGAGCGAAUAUUGUCUGACACCAAGACUGUCGCUGAAGAGAACCUACAGGACAAAGAUGUCUUGUUACUAAUAAAGAAACGUGCACCCCCUCCGCCACCAAAGAUGUCUGAAGUGUCUGCUGAGGAGAAGAGAAAGCAAGAACAGAAAGCUCCAGACAAAGAUACGGUUCUCAAAGCUACAUCCAACCUCCCCGCUCGCAAUGUAGAUCGCACGGUCGCUCAUCACAACAUGAGAGAUUUCCAGACGGAGCUCCGGAAGAUCUUAGUGUCGCUAAUUGAAGUUGCGCAGAAGUUGUUAGCACUGAAUCCAGACGCUGUUGAAUUAUUUAAAAAGGCAAAUGCCAUGUUGGAUGAAGAUGAGGAAGAUCGAGUGGAUGAAUCUGCGCUGAGGCAGCUGACAGAGAUGGGGUUCCCUGAGAGCCGAGCUAUCAAAGGUCUCCGCUUAAAUCACAUGUCAGUAACUCAGGCUAUGGAGUGGCUAAUUGAGCACGCGGAUGAUCCCACAGUAGAUGCGCCACUGCCGUGUGAGAAUUCCGCAGAAGCAGCCACAGGAGUCUCAGUGCCAGCUGAAGCAGAGGCUAUUGCAUCUGGAGAAGACCCCAAGGAUGAACUUACAGAAAUCUUCAAGAAAAUCAGAAGGAAAAGGGAAUUCCGGCCAGAUCCACGUGCCGUCAUCGCACUGAUGGAAAUGGGUUUUGAUGAAAAAGAAGUUGUUGAUGCUCUGUUAGUGAAUAACAACCAGCAGGACGCUGCUUGUGAAUGGCUGCUGGGAGACCGGAAGCCCUCGCCGGAGGAUCUAGAGAAAGGAAUUGAUACCAAUAGUCCCUUAUUUCAAGCCAUCCUUGAUAAUCCCGUAGUUCAGCUAGGCCUAACCAAUCCUAAAACACUGUUAGCAUUUGAAGAUAUGCUUGAAAAUCCCCUAAACAGUACCCAGUGGAUGAACGACCCCGAGACGGGACCCGUAAUGCUCCAAAUCUCUAGGAUUUUCCAAACGCUGAAUCGCACGUAGUAAAGGCUCUCACCCUCCAUCAAUAUUUCUUGGAACUUUAAAUAUGAAUUUUGUUGAAGGGAAACUCGGACUAUCCAAUUCUCUUACGUUUCUGCUCCUCUGUCCAGCUGAGGAGUGUCUCAUUUAUAGAUCCUAACCAGAAAAAAAAUAUAUUUAAACUUGUUUCAUUUAGUUAAUUUAUAUUGUCGUUCAACUGGAUGACAAGACACGCAAAAAAAAAAGGUAAAAUUAGGGUGUUUGGGUUGUCGGAUGUGUGGUGACGUAAUGUGCUGUCAAUAUAUUAUGACAAGGAAUAUGUAAAAAAAAAAAAAUCGGAAGUGGAUAUUUGGAUAUUAAAGUGAUUGUAAACGUUAACUUUUUUUUUAAAAUAUUAGUACUCCUAAAUGAAAAAGAUGGGGACUUUAAUGGGAUACUAAACCCAAUUUGUUUCUCUCAUGAUUCAGAUAGAGCAGCAAGCAACUUUCUAAUUUACUCCUAUCAUGUUUUUCUUUGUUGUCUUGGUAUCUUUAUUUGAAAAGCAGGGAAUGUAAGCUUAGUUCAGCACCUGGGUAGUGCUUGCUGAUUGGUGACCACCAAUCAGCAAGCGCUACCCAGGGGCCUGAACCAAAAAUGGGCCGGCUUCUAAGCUUGCGUUCUUGCUUUUUCAAAUAAAGUAGCAAGAGAACGAAGAAAAAUUGAUAAUAGGAGUAAAUUAGAAAGUUGCUUAACAUUGCACGCUCUAUCUGAAUCAUUAAAGAAAAAAAUGGGUUUAGUAUCCCUUUAAUUCAUGAAAAGCUUUGUAAACGCUUACUUUAUUUUUAAUAAUUACAAUUUCAUAUCUUGAUAUUUUCUGCCAUUCCUCAGCCCGUAACGGAUAUUCUAGUUCUCACUUCAGUGACAAUUUAGGCUGUAGCCAAUCAUAUUGCGCCCCCUUUGUCGUCCAGCAAGGAAAUAAUAAUGCCCCUGGAUUUGGACGCCAAAGGGGGCACGUUACGAUUGGCUACAGUCUGAAUCAUCGCUGAAUUAAGAACUAGAGUUUCUGUUAUGGGUGGAGGAAUAGCGGAAUAUAUCAAGACAUAAAAUUGUAAUUAUUACAAAAAAAAGUAAGCGUUUACAAAGCUUUUAAUAAAUUAAAGUCCCCAUCUAUUACUUUAUGAUUACUAUUAUUGUAAAGAAAAAGGUUAAAGUUUACUAUCACUUUUAGCAUGUUGACCAAAUACAAAUGAUUUGACCUGUAAUAGAAAUACAAUGUUAUAUGUUAAAAGAUUGAAGGUUUUAGAUAAAAGUCUGUUCCGGUGCCCAUAACAGAAAUAAAAGGACAUACUAAUGCAUUUUGUAAUCUGUUCACGCAUGUAAAAGGGUUAAACAUAUAGGUAAUGUGCGGAACGUGGCUGAUCAACCAAUCAAGGACAGCAGUUGUACAACCCCACCAAGGCUGUUUCCUGUUUGGGAGCUGCAAGGUUUUCAGCUGAGCAUGGCUUUACCUAUUUGUUUAACCCAUUUGCUGGGGAAUAAGUACACAGUUAUGUAGGCACAUGUAAAAAAUGACAUGCUCCAACAUAUUGUGCAAUUUUAGCACUAGAAUGUUCCUUUUAACGUCCCAAUUUUAUAUUAUUUUAAGCUAACCUACAAGAGAAAAAUACCAUUUGAAAUUUAGAAUUUUGUUGUAUUUUUGAACACGCUCAAAGAUUGGUUUUAACAUCAUAUUAAUAUUAUUCCCUCCUUAAAAGGGACAUUAAAUUCAAAAUGUGUAUUAAAAAAGUGUAUAAAAAAAAUAA